CUAGAACAUUCCAGAUGGCCAAAAAUCUCUUCUUCCCCAGAUAUUUUUGAGCUUCUGCAACUGUUCUUCAUCAAUGGGACCCACAUACAACCGCCUCACCCCAAUUCGUAAUUAUCCGUUUUCAACACACUCUAUAAAUAAAUUUCUUCCCCCAUUUACCGAAUAAUUUUGCGUCGUAAUGCGAAAACUUAAAACUGAAAACAGAAUAAAAAAUGGAAAUGGAGUUCUUUAGUGGACAGCCUUUUUAUUACAGUGUUCUUGGUGUUGAUAGAGACGCUUCCGACGAACAAAUUCGACGCGCUUAUCGUAAACUUGCCAUGCAAUGGCAUCCAGAUAAGUGGUGUAGAAGAAACCCUAGUUUUAUUGGGGAGGCCAAACAUAAAUUUCAGCAAAUUCAAGAAGCAUAUUCAGUGCUGUCUGAUAGUAGGAAGAAGAUGAUGUAUGAUGCAGGGUUGUAUGACCACGAUGAUGACGUGGAUGAUGUCGAGGGAUUUGGUGAUUUUCUUGAAGAAAUGGUGUCUCUUAUGAAUGAUGCAAAGAAAGAGGAAAGGAACUACAGCAGUGAGGAAAUACAGGGUAUGUUUUGGGAAAUGGCGCGCGAUUUUGAGAUUCCUGAGAGGAAUAUUCCUCCGCAGCAGCAGGGACCAGAGUGGUUUUGUAACCCUUUUACACUUUACGAGUCGGCUUCAACCAUUCAUGGGGGAGGGGAAGCGAGGUUCAGGUGAACCCUCACUUAAACAAAAAUCGACCUGUGAAAAACAUACGGUGCACGCACCCUCAUUUUUGCAGAAUCAAUGAGUGAAUGAUUCUCUUGAUGGAGACUGUGAUGAAACGAUGUCGAUCUGAUAUUGCUUGGGAAAUUGGUUUUGAUGUAUAUAUGCAAAAUUGCAGAUUGAUCUUUCCGCAUAAAUGGACAGUUUUUUCCGAGUUAAAUGUAAUCCUCCCGGUACUUGUGGAUUGUCAGUUUUUUUUCUAGGUUGAUUUGUGUUUGUUAGGCGUAGAUUUUGAAAUCGAAGCGGGGUUGUGCCUGCUCUAGGGUUGCUAUGUACAUUCUUGAAUAUUGAGGUAUCCUAUAAGUGUUGUUUCGGUUUUGACACUACCGUUUCGA